AUGGUAGUUGUACAUGCUCCGAUGGUCAGGGUCGGUAGAGGUACUCGCGGUAUUGACGACAGUCGUACACGCAGAACAGAGGUCUCAGUUGCGGUCAUGAUCUUAAGGAGGUCAACAGGAUCUGGGCUAGAGGAGCUGGCAGCGCUCGGCCUUGGCAAGGCUGACAUCAGGCCGCGUGGCCCACAUGCGAAUAGUGAGGGCGAGGAGGCAGCCCUAGGCGCGGUCGAUGUAGGCGUCCUUGCUACGCUCCUAAUCCUGCUCGAUGCAGAGAGUUGCGGGGGCGGCGCCUGCAGUUGCAGGGAGGCAACGACGCGCAUAGGGAAGGCCGACGAGGACUUGGCGCGGCAGAGCUCUCCAGUGAAGCAGCAGGGUCGUCGGGCAGCGCGCGGGACCACGAUGAGGAUGCGAGGGAGAGGAGCGGCGCAAGGCGGCGACCUCCUGGUGGUCGCCGACGGCGGCGGGUGGCGAUGGGCCACCGGAGCGGGCGGUGGCCGGACGGGUCACGGAGGAGAUGGUCUGGUGGUCGCGUCCUGGUUCUGCGGGAUCCAUGGCAGCUGCGGGUGUGCCGGCGCUGGUGGGAGAAGGAGGCGGGGCAGGGACAUGCGACGGCGAGGGUGCGUGGCCAUGGGGAUCGGGAUCCCCCUCCUGGUCGCGCUGAGAGGUGAGGGAGGGAGCGAGAGGAGGGAGGAGCGAGAGGAAGAGGGAGGUUGGCGGCGCUAUGGGAGGGAGAUGGGGAUCGAGGGAGAGAUGGGCUAG